GUCAGGUCCGGCUGGUGAACGGCUCUGAUCAGUGCUCAGGACGGGUGGAGGUUUGGUCCCGCAAUGCCUGGGGGACGGUGUGUGAUGACUCCUGGGACCUGAAAGCUGCCACUGUGGUGUGUUGGCCCAAGGACUGCAGUGAGCUCCCCUCUGGCAGCCCCAGUGGUGUCUACAUCAUCCAGCCCAUGGGACUGCACCUCAUCAUGGUGUACUGUGACAUGACUGAGGCAGAUGGGGGCUGGACCGUGAUCCAGAGGAAUCACCAAAGCACAGAUAUCAUCUGGGAUGCAUCCUGGAGCACCUAUAAGUAUGGAUUUGGAAACGUGCACACCGAGUACUGGCUGGGCACUGAGUACAUCCACCAGAUCACCAAGCAGAAAGUCUACCAGGGCUACCAUCUGAGGCUGGGAGCGCACUCAGGGACAGCAGAGGAUGCCAUGGCCUCGAAGGGGACCACCACCAUGCAUGACAACAUGAAGUUCUCUACCAAAGAUCGGGAUCAGGACACUUGGAGUUCAAACUGUGCUGCCAGCUAUGGGGGUGGGUGGUGGUACUCGGCGUGUUACUCCGUGCGGCUCAAUGUCAAGGGAGCCAUCACAUGGGGCAGCCUGUGCAGUGGGAACUGCAGAGCCUCAGCCAUCCUCAUCAAACCUGCCACCCACUGCUAA